ACUCUCUUCCAAGGCCCUGAACGCACCACCCCUGGGGGUGUGGAUCUAGUUAUUCCACGCUGACUGGAAGCAGUGGACUAAUCAUGGGACGGCGUUCCGAGCAGUGAGCCAGCCAGGCUGAGGACAGGGACAAAGCAGUGCCAGUUUCACUUCACACUGCACUAUCAUCAGUCAUCUGACCAUCACAAUCAACAGCGUGCAGGUUUGUCGAGGCAGUGAGAGGCGACGUCGGUCUGAUUGGGGAUCAGCCCAUGCGGGAGGAUGGAGAUAGAGAAGAGGACGAAUGGGUUCGACUACCCGGAGAGAAACAACGCCAAGUCCGUUAACGGUUUUUACAGUGACCAUCCAUUGGAGUCAGAACAAAACGACAGCAUGGAUGAUCCAGCUGACCAGCGUACUUGCCUUAUCUGUGGAGACCGUGCCACAGGCCUGCACUAUGGCAUCAUCUCCUGUGAGGGCUGCAAGGGCUUCUUCAAGCGCAGCAUCUGCAACAAGCGCGUGUACCGCUGCAGCCGUGACAAGAACUGCGAGAUGUCACGCAAGCAGCGCAACCGCUGCCAGUACUGCCGCCUGCUCAAGUGUCUGCAAAUGGGGAUGAACCGCAAAGCAAUCAGGGAAGAUGGCAUGCCAGGAGGGAGGAACAAAAGCAUCGGGCCUGUUCAGAUCACUGAGGAGGAAAUAGAGCGGAUCAUGUCGGGGCAGGAGUUCAAGGAGGACGCCCCGGAGCACACCUGGGGCAACAAUGGCGACAGCGACCACAGCUCUCCAAGCAACGGAGCCUCGGAGGGCAACCAGCCCUCACCCGCCUCCACUCUGUCAUCCAAUCGCUCUGUGGAAAUGAACGGCUACACGGCAGCCCUUAGGGAUCAAUACAUCAACACCUCCAUGUCCACACACUAUCAGCUCCUGCCUCACCUGUUCAGCUAUGCCGCCCAGUCAGGCCUGUUGGCCCCCCAGCCCCGCAGCCUCUACCCACAGUCCCACCCACUGGUGCUGCAGCUGGUGGCUGCUGAAGAUCUGGCCCCCCUGGCGACUCCUAUGCUUAUAGAAGAUGGGUACAAAGUGACACAGGUGGAGCUGUUUGCCCUGCUGUGUCGCCUGGCAGACGAGCUGCUCUUCCGUCAGAUCUCCUGGAUCAAGAAACUGCCAUUCUUCUGUGAGCUCUCCAUAGAGGACUAUACCUGCCUGCUCAGCUCCACCUGGCAGGAGCUCAUCCUGCUUUCCUGUCUCACCAUCUACAGCGCCCAGAUCUUCGGAGAUCUGGCCGAUGUCACCGCCAAGUACACACCAUCUGAUGAUGAGCUGCAGGGCUUCAGCGAGGAUGGUAUGGAAGUCAUGGAGAGGUUGAUAUAUCUGUUUCGCAAGUUCCACCAGUUGAAGAUCAGUAAUGAGGAGUAUGCCUGUAUGAAAGCCAUCAACUUCCUCAACCAAGAUAUCAGAGGGCUGUCCAACAUCUCCCAGUUGGAGCAGCUGAACAAGCGCUACUGGUAUGUGUGUCAGGACUACACUGAAUACAAGUACCCGCACCAGCCCAAACGCUUCCCUGAGAUCAUGAUGUGUCUCCCAGAGAUCAGAUGCAUCGCAGGGAAACUGGUGAAUGUCCCUCUGGAGCAGCUCCCUCUCUUAUUCAAAGCAGUCUUGCACUCCUGCAAAUCCAGCCUGACCAGCUACAGGACCGGCCCGUCGCCCUGUGUGACCACCUCCACCGGAAACUAGAACCCCCACACCCCCCACCCCCCGACCCAACAAGUCGAGGGACUGGUCUCCCCUCUUGUGAAUGUGACAAGCAGCUAGUUUGUUUUUUGUAACUUUUUUCUUUAUAUAUUUAUUACACGACAGAGCUGAAUGUAUGCUGAUUUACACUGUGCACAUGCUUCUGUACAAAACAAAUGCUCGUAGAUGCAUUGGUCUUUGGAGUUUACAAGUGUGUAUCCAGUUUGCUCAAUGUGUCAGUGUUGCUAUUGUUAGAGCUAGACUUUAAAAGAGUUUAUUUUAUUCAGACGGGGGCGGAUAGAAACAUGUGAUGAGUGUUUUGAGACUACCUCAGGAAAAUGUUGUUGCUAUUUUCAGGGACCUUUUCUUUCUGUUAAAUGAAGAGUUGCCCAGUCUAAAACCAAAUCCCUCUGGAUGCUUUGGCACCUCAAUCAGAGACUGAAUGUUCAAAGAAGCUGCAUAAAUCAAAGAUUGAAAAACAGUGUUUUUGUUACGCUGAAAAUGCAAAAGUAAAUAGCAAAAUUGAGCUACUUAAUCUGCAUGGACUCUCAGACAUCCUGCUUAUAGGAGGCGGUCUAGUCAAUUUAACAUUCCAUGGGUUAAGGUGACAGUUGUUGGAUCUGUGGGAUCUUUAUUGAAAAAGGAGCAUACGGGUAUUUUUUACAAUCAUAGACUGGGGAUGUAAGGCUCUAUUGCAGGGGAAGGGGAGGAUAGCUAGGUUUGCUGUUUUAGUUUUAUUGUUUAACUUUUUGACCAAAGUGUUAUGCAAUGCUUUUUUCAAACACCCAUUGAUGGGUAGGGAGCUGAUAGCUCUCUAAAAAAGAUUUCUUAUUAAUGAAGGAUCAGGAUAAGAAAUUAAUCAAUCUGUGUCAGAGGGGAGGACCCUCUGCUGGACGGAUGAGUAAGUUGCCGGAUUUCAUUCUAAAUGCUGCUAAACAUGCACACAUUCUUGUGUACACAUAUAUGCAUAGAGCAGAUGUGAUGAGAUUGUUUUUUCCUCUGCUUCUUGUCAGAUGGCUCAUUUAUUGAGCUCUGCUGCCUUCAGUGCCAGGAUGUUGCAUUGUAGCCUGCUCUCAACCCCCUGUCACAUAAAUUUAGGGUCCACCAUGCUGUCUAUGUUUGGUUGAAGGGGUAGUCUGCGAAAUCUUGCAUUUUUCAAUGUAUUCAGAACAAACCAAAAACUAUAAAACAAAGCUUUGUGUAAUCAACAGCGAGAGAUCUUCAAGGGUCAAAAAACUGCAUACCUGACCCACUAGAACCAUAAAGGAACUGGCAUCAAUAGGGACCAUGUCUGAACAGGAGCUGGAUAAACCUGGGUUGACAAAAAGUGUUUAACAGUCAGGGCUCACUGCCUCCAGUUCAUUUGAAGCCGGUGUAGAAUGAUAGCCUCUGUUUGCUCAUCCCCAGAUUAAAGUCAGUUGGUCCAUUCAGAAGUUCCACAGACUGUUUUCAGGUCUUGUCAGCUGCAGUCAAAAUUUUGCACGGACCCAAGAUCAGUAGCAGUUUCAGUAGGACCCAAACACAAGGGACACUAGAAAGUGUGGACCUGAGCCAUGGUUCAGGUCUGGUUCUCUGGGUUUUACUGGGUAAUACUGGCCAAAAGACUUUUAUGAACUGGCUAACACAAAGAUUGUGGAUUAUCACUAUAAGCGAUGGACUCACUAUGAUAGAUCUGGCCCAUGUCAUUCUCAGAGAAUUUAGGUGACUUACCUCCGGCUUGCAUACCCUCUGUGACAGAUAUGCACAUUGUUUUAAAGAAAGCCAUAGAAAAUGGUCUUUAUUUUUGAAGUAUGAGAUGAUCAUUUCAGACCACUUGAAGUGUCUUCUUGGAUUCCUAAAGUUUUUUGCCGUUUCAUGAUGUUCAAACAAUUUGAAAUGCAGACAAAAUGCAGUCCUUGCAACGACUCUCUUUUUUGCACACGAUGGUGAGGUUCAGACCUUGACCUUUGACCUUGGCCACUACCCACCAAGUGUGUUCCUCUCUCUCAGGUCCCUGUCGACCUGAAUCUAAACAGGGUAAAGUGAGUGUUAUGUAUUGCAUUCAGGAGUUCCUCAGUGACCAUGCUGAUGUACUUGUAGUAUUAGUAGAUGUAGUUUCCAGGACAUUGUAGGUCCUCUGUAGAAAAGUGUUUUUCUUUCCCAUUUUAUUUCCCUCAAGGUCCCCACCCCCACCCCCUUCAUUAUGUGAAAGUGGAUGUAGUUUGAAGAUGAGACAUGCAGGGUGGAUUUUUCUCGUGGCAUUGGUGACGGAGUGAGAUAUGUUGGCAUCUUCAGAAUGUCGCAGCUUCUCUCUCCUGUUUCCACCCACCUCUCUGUGUGCAGCCUUAACAACACCAGGCCUAUGCAGUGUUCUUCUUUCAAAUGUUUCAGUUAGCCUCUUUUCAUCUUUUGAUUUUAUACAUUUUCAUGUACCUUUGUAGUUAUGAUGUGAAUGUUUUGGGUUUUUGUUGUUUUUCACAUACUCAUUGUCUUUUUUUUUUUUUUUUUUUUUGGAGUGAGGACAACCCCUAUCAUUUUCUAAACUUUGAAUGAAUUCUUGACUUUUUUUCGGACAAGAUUUUUAUUAAUUCAUUCCCUUGUUCACCAUGGUUUAUGAAAGAAAAAGUAUUGUUCGGUCAUGUCAGCCCCAUUUUAUAUGGACAAUACUGACAUCUUUUAUGUAGGCUAUUAUUUGAAUGAUUUUACAAUGCAAAUGUAAUGUUUUGGAGCCAUCUGUGGUUCCAAACCUAAAUUAGUCUCAUUUUUUACCACCAGGAUUCUCAGAGCAGCUAAGAUGGGUGUGUAGAAUAUUGUCUCUCCAUUUCUUAACAUGUACAGCAUUCAUCAUGCAGACCUCUGAGGUUAAAAGGUUUUUAUACCUACAUUACACACAACAUAUAACAUUUUCUCACUUACCUAGUGGGUAAGGUUGUUUGCUUGUUUUGGGGGUUUUUUGUCCAGGUUUUAAGAAGUCUUUCUCUGAGAUUUCUCCCACCACCCAACAUAAGGGGGGUUUGUUGGUAUGUUUUUUGGGUGGAGGUAGAAAUCUCUGGGACCAAUACCUCAAAAUCUAAGUAGAUUAAACCACGACUGUCUGGUAAACCAGACAGAACUAUAGGUACAUGAGAAAAUGUGUGUUUUUGUAACUUUGGUGAACUGAUCCUUAUAACCACAUAGUCUCAGGGAUAUUUUACAUCAAAAGAAAAAUCCCCCCGCAAAAUUCUUUUCCACUACUGAAAAAAAAAAAAUAGAACAAUCCCACCUAUCUGUGCAGGAGCAGUCUAGGGAUAUUUUGAACGUUAGGAGAAGUAGAAGAUAGAGGCUCAGGGUGGUCAACAACAAAGUCACAUCUCAAAGUUAUUCCAGGAAUGCAGUGAACAUCACAGACUGCUGAGAUCUGACAGUGGAAGAGAUUCUGAAGGGGGAUUUUUUUAAAUGUAACAGCAAAUAAUAUUUAUACCAGCCUCUGCUCAUUGACAUAAAGCUCACCAUGGCUACCUUAUUGGCACCACUCUGACUUUCUACCUGUCAUAGUUUGAUAUACGUGCUGAAGAAAGUGUUCUUUUUAUUUUCUGUAUUUGUAUGUUUUGCAGACAAGGGAUAUGACAUUUGCAAUUUCUGUACUGAAACUACCUCUUUAUUUGUCAUCAUGUGACUUUCUUUCAAAUAGGUGAUUUUUUUUGUCUUAUUUAUUGGUUUCAUUGCACCAAUGUUCUGUUAUUUUGUGUCUCUUAUUUCACUCAGUGACUUCUCACAAUUAUAACAAGCUCCGAUUACUGUUUUCUUCCUUUCUUUUUUUUAAAUGCAUAAACAUGUUGCCUAAUAAUCUUUUCUACCUCAUACUCGAUUGCUGUCAGAGGUUUUAUUUUCUCUGACCUCUGGCUUUAAAAAUGUGAGACACUGAACGAUUUUAAUCUCUCAUUUCAGGGAUCUUCCUCUUUAUUUCUUUGCUUCCGUUCAUGUUAAAUUAGCGUCAUCUUUUAUUUCACUUGUGCCCUGAUAUCAUGAAUCCAAUACCAAAGAUGAAAGAAUGUCAAUGACAAUGUCAACGUACUGAUUAAGCAUUCACAUGAUGCUUUCUUGCUGCAGUUAACCAGUGCUUUAUUUUCCUGUGUUGACCUUUUUGGAAUACGUCUUGUUAUCUUGUGAAUGGCUGUUUGCUUUGUAUACUUUAUUCACCACAUCAUGAUAUGACAGUGUUUUUCCUUUGUGCUCUGUGAUUGUCACAGGUAAAAGGGUUGAAAAUAACAAGGAGUGGUAAUAGAGGGACUGUCAUAUUGGACUCUGUCAUUGCAGCUUUUGAUUGAUUACCGAUCAGAAAUUGUAAUUGUGGUCAAACUGACAUCUUCUUGUGUUCACAUGCUUUAACUCACUUGUGUGACUCUGGCACGUGAACACUGACGGAUUACUACAGUGUUAUCAUAGGAGAUAGACUCAUGGCUCAUAGUAACUGCCAGCCAAAUUUACUGAUAUGGAACAUCAUGACACCCGACAGUAGGUAGAAACAGUUCUGCCUUUUAACUAACAUCCUAGGUCUUAUUUGCAUGCUUGCAAAAGUAAAUUUUAGGUUGUGACAAAGCCGAAUUAAAAAAGUUAAGCAUGGUUCCUAUAAAAGGGCAGUACAGGCAAACCAACAUAUGGGUCUACACCAACACUAUAACCAACUCUGGAAAGAUGAGAUCUGGAGCAGAGGAAUAUAGAAAUAGCCCGUGAUACUUUAUUAAGGUUUUGACAUAAAGACAAAAUGUUAAUAAGGUGCAGCAACAAAGGUUUAGUUCCUGCACAAUCUCACAAGCUUUUAUUUUAACACCCCUUUCUAGAUGUCAUCUUUCCAGAUGCUGCCACAGUGUUCCUGUCUGUUGAGGCACCAGUUGGAGCUUUAAGUUGGCUGAUGCACCACUGUUAGAACCCUGUUUAUUACAGGAGCACAAAAUGAGAAGAGUUUGGAGGAGGUAAAAGACUAGAAGAAUCUUGACAUAUCUCAGGGAAGAAAUAGAUUUAUACACUGUCAUCACCUGUGAACAGACAAUUGAAACAUUGACAUGUUUUCUCUUCAGAAAUCUCUUGUCUGCUCUUGUUACUUUAACUACCUGUGAAGAAUGUGAUCCAUUACGUGUUAAAAGCAUGUUUAGAAUGUGUUAGGACUUGAAACCAAAUAAAUGUGAACGUUAUGCAAGUGUA